AAGUGAAACUUCUUUAGAAUCGUUGUGAUUUCAAACCGGAUGCAACGGAAAAACGACAGGCAUAUAAAUACAUAUACGAGUACAUAUUAUUUCUUUGGCAAAUUUGUCUGUAUGGUUACGAAAGCAAAUGCAAGCCACAUACAUAUGUACAUACAUUCAUAAUAACAAGUGUUAAAGAGUCAAUCUGUCGAAGCACUGACGGGACGACAAAGCGCCACAACGUUGUGUUGUUGGUGGAAAAUCCGAGCUGUUCCGAAAGAAACUAACAAACGAUCGCCGAUUGUUACCGCUUCCCUUGCUGCUCGAACAGCUUCGCCAACAAGCUAGCGUAUAUAUGUAAGUUUUUGUAUGAGCUUGCAUACAUAUCGACGCUGAUUUUUGCAGUCAUGGAAAAAUAUCUUAAAUUUAGUACGCAGCUCUCAAGAAACGUAAAAACUUCAUAUAAAAAACGCUUAAGAAACGGUCCAGAAACGUUCCUGCGAUAAAUUUACUUGUGCUAGUACGCAGCUCUCAAGAAAUCUAGUACUAAUUUUUGAUACUUUUUUUCAAUAAAAUGCGAAUAUGGCAAUCCUGGUUUUGCGAUGAAACAUCAAAUCAACAAUUGUUUCUUGAAGGAAAGUGACAUUUGCGUACGAAUAAAGUGAAGUUUAUAACUAUUUAUAUUGUUUGAAAUUUAAAAAAAAUGGAUGCCAAUUAAAAAAUGAUGGCUCAUUGAAACGCAAAAAUCGCAUGCUGAAUUUCACAACAUUAGAGAAGUGCCAACUUGUGAAUUGCGUUAAGGAGUGGCACAGGAUCUGGGAUAUUAGCAACACAUUGCAUUGCAACAAGAAUGCAGUAAAUCAAUCCUGGCUCCACAUAAGCAAUGCCCUUAAUAAAAGUGUGGAUGAGUGCAAAUCAGCGUGGAUAAGUAUGCGCGAAAGCUAUCGCUACCAUGCUAGGGUAGCUCAUAAGAACAAAAGUGGCAGCGAUGGUGGGGAAGUUUUGGAAACUCCAUCUUUUUCAGAAAACGUUGAUUGGGUUUUUGCGGAGGAAAUGUCAUUUUUGAUGAAUGUAUCCCACAAACGGAAGACUUUCACAACUCCAGUAUCUUUCGGAGAAGAUUCGCAUGCAUCACCAAUACAUAUCGGCGAGGAUUCCAAUGUGUCACAAACAAGUGCAACCGACUCACAGCACUCAUACGAUUAUGUGAGUACAUAUAUACAUACAUAUUAGGCCGGGUCGAUUUGUGGGGAGGCAAAAAAUCGCCCAUUGCUCUAUGAAAAUCAUAUUCUAGGGAUCAAAAUAAGAAACUUUGCCGAAGGAACCAUACCUCUGAAACGAAUUCUGAUGUCCCCCGAUUACCUCUGAAAGUGAGGAGAACUAAACCAAUAACCACUAUGGUAUUCCAAAAAAAAUAAUAAGUGAAGUGACCAUUCCAAAUCAAAAAGUUUACAAUGAAUCCACCAUCUUCUACACCGCAAGAUAAAGCAACUACAUCAACAACUAUCGAAAACCCAAUGAGUCAUAUACCCAAGCAUGAUGUUACUGUUUUUGGUGUGUCUACUGAUUUGACUGAUCUUCAUUUACCAACCCAUCUAGAUAUCUUGAGAAAUUAUUUUUACUUAAGCGAACGUGCUAAAACAGAACAAAAAAAGUUUUCCCAUAAAUCAUUCACUAUUCAAGUACAAGAUAAGUUGAUUGGAAUUUGGGAAUAACUUGGUAUGGAAAUAAUGCUGGAAAAGUAUCAAGAGCAAAUCAAGAGAAGAAACAACACCCAACAUUUUACAGAAUAUGUAAAAUCUCUGGAAACAAUUUUUUACAUUGGAACAUGGAAAUGCGAUUUGAAGACAGCUCCAUGUGCAUGCGGCUGGGUUCCCGAACGCCUUAAAGAGUUCAUGCACGAUCAUCAUAAUCGGAGGAGACUAACAAUGAAUGCAUUUAUGAUGGAAACUGAAGAGCAAGGAGCAACGUCUAUGUCAUCAAUGCCAACAUACCAAGAUCCCGAUGAUUCAACAUACGCAACGCCACCGGUUCAAUAAGAUAUGGAUAGAAGUACAAGUUCACAAUACACAGAGAUAUACGAUUGUUUUAACUUUGCCUUGGUAUGUGACAGAUUUGGUGUGCCUGACAGAGUAGCAUCAGCAUUGGGAACCGCUCUAUUGCAAGAUUUUAAAAUUAAAGAUAAGCAUGGGAAACCUCUCAUCAUGGAUAAAUCGAAAGUUCGCAGAGAAAAAGAGAAAUGCAGACAAGAAGUGCUUCGCAAACGGUUAGAUGAUACCAAUUUGUUAGCGUUUUCAUUCGGUGGCAGAAAAGAUGAUACUUUAAGGAUGGUAAAAGAACCUCAUCUUGUUAUUUUGAGAGAACCCAACUCUGAAUUGAUUGGUUACGUAAGACUGGAACAUGAAACCGCUGAAUACAAAACAACCAAAUUAAAUGGUUUUUUCAACGAUAAAAAUAUAUCACUGGAUACAUUAAUUGGAAUAUGCACUGACGGUGAGCCAACAAACACUGGCCCACACGGUGAAAUUAUACGACGAUUCGAAUUGCUGUUAAAAAGACCAUUGCAUUGGUUUGUUUGCCUUCUACACUUCAACGAACUUCCGUUUCGGCAUUUGUUUGAAGCUUUGGAUAAAUCAACCAGCACUGGACCAAGAUCGGCAACCGGAAAACUGAGACGUCAAAUCGAAACUUGUGAAACUCUUCCGGUGGUGGACGGCUUCCAGAAAAUUGAGUUGCAAAAUAUGUCGCCUGCUCCAGAAAAAAAAGAAUUUUCCACCGAUUCGAAGUACUUAUACGACAUGGCCCAUGCAAUUUCUAGCGGCGUGGUUCCGGUGGGAAAAUUGUACAUUCUCGGUGGCUCACCAAGGCCGCUAGAUUAUUGCGAUUAUAUGUGACAACGGAAAAUCCAGAUGCAAAUUUAAGAAUUCUGGUUGAAUUUAUAAUUAAAUGUUAUGUGCCAAUGUACUUCAAUAUCAAGUAUUAGAGCUCUGUCGUGUACGGCAGUGCAUUAUUUUUCAAGUUCAUUGGUUGGUCACGAUUUCUAGAACCUCGUUUACGCAAAAUUGUCAAUCAAGUAAUUAAAGAUAAUUCAUAUUAUGCGCAUUCGGAAAAUAUCUUGUUAUCAAUGUUGUUUGAUGAUAGGAAAGAAAAGCGCGACUGUGCCAUCAAGAAAAUUCUACGCUAUCGAACCGAUGUUGACGAGCCAAUGGAACUUAGAGUUUAUAAAAAACCAGAUAUAAACUUUAAUUGCACAAGUUAUACGGAAAUGAUCAAUUUGAACCACCAUUCACGCGAAGCAUUCCGUACGAUACAUUGAAAGAAUAUUUAAAUCAAGAUGAUCCACCGUUUAAUGAUCCAAAAAUUCCAUCACACAUACAAGGAACGGAUCGACAUGUUUAAUUGCUAGCUAGCGUUUCCAAAAGGUUAUACCGGAAAAAUGUAGAGGCUGUUAUGGCGACGACAUUAGAGAGCCGUGCGAAAUUACACAGACUUGAAAGUAAAAAAGACUUCAAACAAUAAUUUUUUUUAGUUUCUUUUCUAUAACUCACUUAAAUUAAUUUUUUCAUUUACAUAUGUUCUGACUAAAUAAAUUUCUUAAGAGAAAAAAAAGAUAUUAUUAGAGAUAAAUAAAUAAAAAUAAAGAAAAAACAUAGCCGUUUAGCUGAUUUUUUCAUGUAAAGGCCAAAAAUGGUGAUUUUUUGAAAUUAUUGUAUUGGGAACCCCCCAGGGGGUGUGUCACUGGCAAGGGUGGAUCGGCCGUCUAAAGUUAGUGGGGGUCGGUCAUACAUUUGGACUCGAUUGGAGCACUCUAAAUGGGUCAAAGUGGGAUUUUUCCAAAUUUGCCCCUACCCAAAAGUUCGACCCAAAUUGGGGGACAUCAAAAUUCGUUUUAGAGGUAUGGUUCCUUCGGCAAAGUUUCUUAUUUUGAUCCCUAGAAUACGAUUUUCACAGAACAAUGAGCGAUUUUUAAAUCGACCCGUCCUAUUAUCUGUACUUAAAUAAAAACUAAUCAGCAAAAUUGUUUUGCAAAUUGUAUCGAUUCUACAUUAGCCGAAGGAACUUUGUUCCUAACUGGUGUCCCACGACACCACAUUUCUUUUUUUUUUAUACUUUUAUUUGUAAAAUAACGUCAAGUUUGUAAGAGCUGUGCAUAAUUUUA